AAAAUUGACAUGUUUGUGAUGAGGUGUGAAUCGAAUUAUUCCCGUCUCAGUAAAAUGGAUUCGCGUAAUUCCCCGAUACAUGCCUAAAUCGCUGUGAUGAUAAAUAUUAACGAUUUACUUACUCCCGAUCAAAGUGAAAAUACAAUAAAAUAUAUGUAUCUCAGGAUAAAAGGACGUUUUCUAAGUGCGCAACAAAGUGUAGUCCGAUUGGAACGAAUGGAGUGAUUACCAUAUAAAUAACGAUGCAAACCAAUCUAAAGACUAAAGAGAUGUUUAUCGUCAGAGCUUUGGAAAAAAUUUUGGCUGAUAAGGACAUAAAAAGGUCCUAUCACAGCCAACUGAAAAAAUCAUGCGAAGUGGCAUUAGAGGAAAUUAAAGCAGAAUUGAAAAAUGGAGGUCAAGUUGAAUCUUUAGAAAGUCCAACUGGAACGCUCCCGCUACCGAAGAAUGAUUCAGCAAAUAUCAUAACAGCUGAGAAGUAUUUUCUGCCGUUUGAGCUAGCAUGUCAGAGUAAAGCGUCGAGGAUAGUGGUGACGGCUUUGGACUGUCUCCAGAAGCUUAUAGCCUAUGGCCACCUAACUGGAAAUAUACCUGACUCUACAACACCUAGGAAACUUCUUAUCGACAGAAUAGUUGAAACUAUUUGCAGCUGUUUCAAUGGACCUCAAACAGAUGAGGGAGUCCAGCUUCAAAUCAUCAAGGCUUUGCUGACCGUUAUCACCAGCCAGCAUGUGGAAGUUCAUGAGGGAACUGUACUACUUGCUGUCAGAACUUGUUACAACAUUUACCUGGCAAGUAAAAAUCUUAUUAACCAAACAACAGCAAGGGCCACACUAACACAGAUGCUUAAUGUCAUCUUCACUAAAAUGGAGAAUCAAGCCCUCGAGGCUGACUCAACAGAAAAUAUCCCAGAGUGCCAGCUGAAAAUCCCAAAUGGUAAUAUACCUUCUGAAGAACCCCAUGAACAGCAAAAUAAUGAGGAUGUUAAUCAAACACCCACCAAUGAUAAUGUUGAUGAAGUAGCUGAAGCUAAGAUUAUUGCACAACAAAUUGUUGACUCUGUUAUAGACAAUGCCAUUUCAAUUGCUUCUAAGAAAAAUAUGGAGGAGCUUGUCAAUGGUCCAGACAAUAAUGAGAACCUAGCAGAUUCAAAUGACAGUGGCAGUGUUUCACAUGAAAGUAAUGGAUUACAAAAUUCUGAAACAUCUAUCCCCAGGAUACCAUCUCAAGAGAGUGUUGAUGUAGUAUCAGAAAAUGAUAACUCUGUGACAGCAAAAUUCACACAUAUUCUACAAAAAGAUGCAUUUUUAGUGUUCAGAGCUCUAUGUAAGCUCUCUAUGAAACCACUACCGGAUGGUACUCCAGACCCUAAGUCUCAUGAGCUAAGGUCUAAAAUUCUUUCGCUGCAUUUACUUCUUUCUAUAUUACAAAAUGCGGGCCCGGUAUUCAGAAAUAAUGAGAUGUUCAUAACAGCUAUCAAGCAGUACCUAUGUGUAGCUCUAUCCAAGAAUGGAGUGAGUUCUGUGCCAGAAGUCUUUGAACUUUCUCUUGCUAUAUUCUUAGCUCUUCUUCAAAACUUCAAAGUACAUCUUAAAAAACAGAUUGAAGUCUUCUUCAAAGAAAUUUUCAUGAACAUUCUGGAAACAUCUAGCUCCUCCUUUGAGCACAAGUGGAUGGUCAUUCAGGCUCUCACCAGAAUAUGUGGGGAUGCACAGAGUGUUGUCGAUAUCUAUGUCAACUAUGAUUGUGACUUGUCUGCUGCUAACUUAUUCCAGAGGCUAGUCAAUGAUGUCUCUAAAAUUGCCCAAGGCAGGCAAGCUUUAGAGUUGGGGGCCACACCAAAUCAAGAGAAGUCUAUGAGAAUUAGAGGACUAGAAUGUCUAGUCUCCAUUCUGAAAUGUAUGGUGGAGUGGAGCAAAGAACUUUAUAUAAAUCCAAAUAUGCAAACCACUUUGGGCGAGAGAACUGUGAAAGAAGAUACAGACCAUCAGAGCAUGAAGUCUCAUGGUGGUUCAAGUUUAAGUCUCAUGUCUACAAGUUCGAGUAAUAUAGGAAAUCGCGAAACUUUAGACUCACCUGAACAAUUUGAAGUUUUAAAGCAACAAAAGGAAGUUUGGGAAACUGGCAUAGACCUUUUCAAUCGAAAGCCUAAAAAGGGAGUAUCCUUUUUGCAAGAGCAGGGACUGCUUGGAACAUCUACUAAAGAGAUUGCUGAAUGGUUGUUGACAGACGAGAGAAUAGACAAAAUAUUUAUAGGCGAAUAUUUAGGUGAAAAUGAUGAUCAUUCCAAAGAAGUAAUGUAUGCGUAUGUUGACUCCAUGAACUUUUCUAACAUGGAUAUUGUCGCUGCAUUACGACAUUUCUUAGAAGGCUUUCGAUUACCCGGAGAAGCCCAAAAAAUCGACAGACUGAUGGAAAAAUUCGCAGCGAGAUACUGCGAAUGCAACCCGACAAACACGCUGUUUACUUGUGCAGAUACAGUCUAUGUACUGGCAUUUUCGAUUAUAAUGCUUACAACUGACUUACAUUCUCCACAAGUGAAAAACAAAAUGACAAAAGAACAGUAUAUAAAACUGAACAGUGGAAUAAGCGAGAAUAACGACCUACCACGCGAGUAUUUAUCGCAAAUAUACGACGAAAUUGCAGGACACGAAAUAAAAAUGAAAAAUACAUCGAAACCGGGAAAGCAUAUGAUAGCCAACGAAAAGAAACGAAAACUGAUUUGGAACAUGGAGAUGGAACAGAUAUCUACAGCAGCUAAGAAUUUGAUGGAGUCAGUUUCGCACGUCCAAACUCCUUUCACGACGGCAAAACACGUCGAGCAUGUACGGCCUAUGUUCAAAAUGGCGUGGACACCAUUCCUAGCAGCAUUUUCCGUCGGGCUUCAGGAUUGCGAUGAUCCUGAAAUCGCAUCGUUAUGCUUAGAUGGUAUUAGAUGUGCAAUCCGCAUAGCAUGUAUUUUCCACAUGUCACUAGAAAGAGAUGCAUACGUACAGGCAUUAGCAAGAUUCACCUUAUUGACUGCAAACUCCCCAAUCACAGAGAUGAAAGCUAAGAACAUUGAUACAAUAAAAACGCUGAUUACUGUUGCACACACAGAUGGAAAUUAUCUAGGUUCCAGUUGGCUCGACGUCGUAAAAUGCAUUUCGCAAUUGGAACUUGCGCAACUUAUUGGAACGGGAGUUCGUCCACAAUUUCUAUCUGGUUCAGGAAUAAAGCCUCAGGCUGACUCCUUAAAAUUCAGUCUUAUGCUUUUAGAUCCCAGUGUUAAAGAACAUAUCGGCGAGACAAGUUCCCAGAGUGUUGUGGUGGCUGUCGAUAGAAUAUUCACAGGAUCGACGCGGCUCGAUGGUGACGCAAUUGUUGAUUUCGUUAAAGCUCUCUGCCAAGUUUCACUGGACGAGUUGAGCCACCCCACGAACCCUCGAAUGUUCUCUCUUCAAAAAAUUGUCGAAAUAUCCUACUACAACAUGGGGCGCAUCAGGCUGCAAUGGUCUCGUAUUUGGCAAGUUCUCGGCGACCACUUUAACAAGGUCGGUUGUAACAACAAUGAGGACAUAUCGUUCUUCGCGGUUGACUCGUUACGUCAGUUAUCCAUGAAGUUUAUAGAAAAAGGUGAAUUUGCCAAUUUCAAAUUCCAAAAAGACUUCUUAAGACCGUUCGAACAUAUCAUGAAGAAGAACAAUUCUCCGACGAUACGAGACAUGGUAGUGAGAUGUAUCGCUCAAAUGGUCAAUUCACAGGCACCCAACAUUAAGUCGGGUUGGAAAAAUAUAUUUUCUGUAUUUCAUUUAGCGGCGAGCGAUCAAGAUGAAGCAAUAGUUGAUCUUGCAUUCCAAACUACUGGUAAAAUUAUAACCGACUUAUACGAAAGACAAUUCCCAGCGAUGAUUGACUCUUUUCAAGAUGCUGUAAAAUGUCUCUCGGAGUUCGCCUGCAACGCUAAAUUCCCUGAUACGUCCAUGGAAGCAAUACGAUUAGUGCGAUCUUGCGCGACUGCUGUAGGAACAUCCCCGCAAUUAUUCGCUGAACACGCAGGUCUAGAGGGCGAGCCAGGGGCGCCGGAAGUCGAUAGAGUCUGGCUCCGAGGAUGGUUCCCACUUCUGUUCUCACUCUCCUGUGUCGUCAGCAGAUGUAAAUUAGACGUGCGAACACGCGGCCUAACGGUCCUCUUCGAAAUCAUCAAGACUCACGGUGAUUCAUUCCGUCCGCAUUGGUGGAGAGAUUUGUUUAAUAUUUUAUUCAGAAUUUUUGAUAAUAUGAAGCUACCGGAACAUCAACUGGAGAAAAAUGAAUGGAUGACUACAACUUGCAACCAUGCGCUUUAUGCGAUUGUAGACGUCUUCACGCAGUAUUUCGACAUUCUUGGAUCUCUACUGUUAGAACAGCUGUAUGCCCAGUUGCACUGGUGCGUGCAACAAGACAACGAGCAACUCGCGAGGUCGGGAACGAAUUGCUUAGAAAAUCUAGUCAUAUCUAACGGAACUAAAUUCAGCGAAGAGACGUGGAGCAAGACGUGUCAAAUUAUGUUAGAUAUUUUCAACAGCACCUUACCGACUACGCUGCUGACGUGGAAACCCGACGAAAACGAGGACAACACUGAGACACCCCAAGUGCGACACGGGAUAUUGAAGAAGUCACAGGGUACCGAUGAUGCUAAAUCGUCGAAUAGAGUGUUCAACAGCCUCCUGAUUAAAUGCGUUGUGCAAUUGGAACUCAUUCAAACCAUUGACAACAUCGUCUUCUACCCUGCAACGUCGAGGAAGGAGGAUGCCGAGACACUAGCGUUGGCCGCCGCCGAACUGACUGGGGGUACUCCCGGCACAGAGCAGGAAUGUCAGCGUGAAGAGCAAGGCAUGUACAGGUUACUCAGUUCGCCCCAUCUGCUGCGGCUCGUGGAAUGCCUGAUGUGCAGUCAUCGCUUCGCCAAAACUUUCAACACCAACAAUGCGCAAAGGAAUGUUCUCUGGAAAGCCAACUUCAAGGGUUCAGUUAAACCGAAUAUGUUGAAACAGGAGACCCAAUCCUUGGCGUGCGUGCUUCGGAUACUUUUCAAGAUGUAUAGCGACGAAACGCGCCGCAGUCACUGGCCGGCCGUCCAAAAAAGUCUCAUAACUAUCUGCUGCGAGGCGCUCGAGUACUUCGGCAGUUUGACGAGUGAAGCCCACAGAGAUGCCUGGACUUCGAUACUGCUCCUGAUCUUGACCAGAAUACUUAAGAUGCCUGACGAACGAUUUGCGGCACACGUAUCAAGCUACUACCCGCUACUUUGCGAGAUCACCUGCUUCGACCUCAAACCCGAGCUAAGGACGGUCCUCCGACGCGUCUUCAUCAGAAUCGGUCCAGUCUUCAACAUAGUCUCCAAUACGCAGUAACACGGUUAUAAUUUAACAAAAAGAUAUGGCCUUAUAGUAGUAGGUUAAUGUAUGACUUUGUUAAUAACCAGUAUCAUAUUUGAAACUAACCAUGUUUGGUCACUAUUUUAUCUUCCCUGGAACUGUUACAAGGACUAGGGUUGAAAAUCUAGGGAUACAAAACUUUAAAAACAGUAGGAGCCAUUAAUGAAAGUAACUUUGUUAUAAUUACAUUUUAUUGUAAUGACAGCAAUCAGUACUUCAGUAGUAUUAAAAGUGAUCUUAAUAUAGGAUAUAGUAGCCUUACUGUUUAAUUUAUAUAAAUUAUUUGAUUAUCAAAGUUAAUGUUAAAUUGUAUAAUGAAAAAUAAAUGUUGUAUCUAUAAAUUAUAGUUUAUUCUGUAUAUUUGAAAGUUCUUACAGCAUGGGAGCCGAACUCACUCACAUCACCCGCUUUUCUAUUUCUGUUCCUGCUUGACUGAACAAACUGUGAUUGUGACUGUUUCACAGAUUUUCUUUACAUUUUUUCAUUACAUUUUCUUAGAGUGAUUUCAGAGUUCUCACGCUUAUUAUAAUUAUUAUUAUUCCUUAUAAAAUAAAUGCAAUAAUACAUU